GUGUUCCAUCUUAUUUCUCAUUUUCCUUUUUCUUUUUUUCAUCUCUCUUUCUAGAGUGUGGAAAUAGAGGGAUUGUGAUGACGUAUAUGUAGGAAGCAAACCACAGUUUCAGUGAACAACAACAACACGAACCCUUUCCCUUCUUCUCCUACUCUCGAUGGAGGAGAAACGCCGCGAAACCGCAUCUCAACCUCCAUCAACCACCGAUUCACCGGCAUCGGAACCCGUUCCACCACGCCGCCGCGCCGGAGGCAACAAGAGGAAGGCCAGCGCCUCCAAUUCCUCUUCCAUACCCUCCAAACGCGCCACGCGCGAGAAGGCCUCGCCUAUUCACUUUCCUCCUCUCCACAAUGGCCCUCUCACCAGGGCUCGCCAAAUCCCUAGCAAUCUCUCCUCCGCCGCGGCAUCGGAAGGCGGAGGUUUCGCAUCUGCUCCCGCUGCUGUGAAACACUCGGAACGCGCAUCGCAGGGACAAGGCUUGGGCGGAGAGUCGUCGGCUCUGGCGGAGAUGCUCAAGAAGGAGAGCGAGUGGGAGUCUCUGGAAGCUGCAAUUGAAGCUGAAUUCGAAGCUAUCAGAUCUCGUGGUGCCAAUGCUCACGUUGUUCCUACUCAUUGCGGUUGGUUUCAUUGGUCUAAUAUCCAUCCGAUUGAGAAGCGUAUGUUGCCUUCUUUCUUUAAUGGCAAAAGUGAAAAUCGGACUCCGGAUAUAUACAUGGAGGUACGAAAUUGGAUAAUGAAGAAAUUUCAUUCAAAUCCAAAUGUACAAAUUGAAUCGAAAGAUUUGUCAGAUCUUGAUGUUGGAGAAUUGGAUGCUAGGCAAGAGAUAAUGGAGUUUCUGGACUAUUGGGGUUUAAUUAACUUCCACCCAUUCCCUUCGACGGGUUCUGCGGUGCCCACCUCCAGUGAUGACGGGGAAUCAGAAAAGAAUUCCUUGCUUGAAAAAUUGUAUCACUUUGAAACUCUCCAGUUAAGUCCACCUAUUGUUCAAAAGACUAGCCUAAUGACUCCAGCUAUGACCUCUGGUUUGUUUCCAGAGUCUACAAUUUCUGAAGAGUUGGUGAAACAAGAGGGCCCUGCAGUUGAGAUGCUUGAGUACCAUUGCAACUCUUGUUCCGCUGAUUGUUCUCGCAAACGUUACCAUUGCCAGAAGCAGGCAGAUUUUGAUCUCUGUACGGACUGCUUUAGUAAUGGAAGAUUUGGCUCUGGCAUGUCUUCGUCAGAUUUUAUAGUCAUGGAACCAGCUGAAGUUGCUGGGGUUAGUGGUGGAAACUGGACUGAUCAGGAGACCCUUCUGCUCCUUGAAGCAUUAGAACUUUAUAAAGAAAAUUGGAAUGAAAUUGCAGAGCAUGUUGGAACAAAAUCAAAAGCUCAGUGCAUAUUGCACUUUGUUCAAAUGCCAAUUGAGGAUGCCUUUGUUGAUUGUGAUGAUGAUGUUGAUGCUAGAUGCAAAGAAACUGCAGAUCCAGCUGCAACAGUCGAUGCAUCUGUAGACAAAGGUGCUUCAGAAGCUGUGGAAAAUGACACUAGUCAUAGCAGCAAAGGCCAUGAUGAAAGUCCUGACACUGAAGAUGUUAAAGUUAAUCAGGAGGAGACUCCAAAGUUACAAGAUGCUACUGAUGUGAAAACUAGUGAGGGAACUUCUAAAUCAGAAGAUGCUGUUAAUGUAAAAUUUGGUCAAAAAGUAGGCAAUGAUCGUGCUCUAAAUGCUCUUAAGGAAGCAUUUGAAGCUGUUGGUUACUCUUCAGAGCCCGUAGGCCCUUCUUCACUUGCUGAAGUGGGUAAUCCUGUCAUGGCAUUGGCAGCUUUUCUUGCACAAUUGGUGGGUUCCGAUGUAGCUGUUGCUUCAGCCCAUAGCUCCAUAAAAUCCAUGUCUGGAAAUUCUCCUGGAACUGAGCUUGCUGCAAGGUGUUGCUUUAUUCUAGAAGAUCCACCAGAUCAUAAGGAACCAACUUGUUCUGAGAGGGAUUCUGAAAGUAAGGGAGUUCAGGAUGACACCAAUGAAAAACAGGAUAAACUGAUGUCAGAUGAUAAAGCUUUAGCAAAUGAUCACAAGGACAUGGAAAUUGAAAUUAACGCUUCAGAAGACCAGAGACAGCUGAGCUCUACAGAUGAUGGUGCCUUGAAAGAUCCUAGUUCUUCAAAGGAGCAAGCAAUGAUUGAUCAUGAGUCUGAGCUUGACAAUUGUAAUGAUCCCACCAAUUCAAAGACACCAAAUGAUAAAGUUCCAGGCACUCUGCAGGAUUCAGAUGGUUCAACAUCCAAGAGUGAAAUUCCACCUAAUUCAGAGGAGGUUCGGGAGGGAACUUUAACUGAAGAACCUUGCCAUCUUGUGGAGGAACUAAAGGACGGACCUGUGUCUGAAUCAAGUCCGUCAGAAAAGAAAGAAGUUCAGCAGUCAAUUAAAUCCAAUUUACCAGGAGAGCAUUCAAAGCCAGUAGAUACACCAAAGUCUGCUGAGAUGGUUUCUGAUUCUAUAUCUUUAGAUAAGAACCAACCUCAAACCCCAUUAUCUACAAAUCCAGUUCUCGAGUCUGGGAAAAUGAAGGACUCUGAAAUGGAUGUUGAUAUUGGUUCUAAUUCGUUGCCAUCAGAAAAGAUUGACUCUCAGCCACCAUUUACACCAAUAUCAUCCCAAUAUAAUGGGGCAGAAAAGGAUGUAGAUAUGAUAUCGUCUUCGCAUCCAAUUAAAUCAAAUUCUGGUGCUGAAAAUGAUGCAACUACAGGGACAGGUGAAGAUCAUGUGGAAAAUGCUACGAAAGUGAAAGAUGAUGGUGCAAAAACUAAUUUGGAUAACAAUUUUGAAAAAUUGAAACGUGCUGCAGUUUCUACACUUGCUGCAGCAGCUGUAAAGGCAAAACUUCUAGCAGAUCAGGAAGAAGAUGAAAUCCGACAACUAACUUCUUCGUUGAUAGAAAAGCAGUUGCAUAAGUUGGAAACAAAGUUGGCUUUCUUCAAUGGUAUGGAGAAUGUGGUGAUGAGGGUGAGGGAGCAUUUAGAUCGAUCACGGCACAAGCUUUAUCAUGAGCGUGCUCUGAUAAUUGCAUCCCGGCUAGGUUUACCAGCUUCCUCAUCCAGAGGUGUACCACCAUCUGUACAAACCAAUAGAAUUCCUAUGAAUUUUGCAAACUCACUUCCCAGACCUCAAAUCGCCAUGAAUCCCCAAAGACAAAUGAUAUCUAGACCUGUGGGCACUGCGGCUUCGACUCUUCCAAACCCCUUUGCAUCUGCAAAUCCAGCAGGAAAUUCAGUUCGGCCAUCCAGCCAGGAAAAUCUUUCUUCUGUUGGGACAAAAUAAAUGUUGAGUACGCAUGAAAAAAGGUUCAUGUCUUCUUACUUACCGAUCACCUGCCACCAUUUUGACAAUAAAAUUCUUUUGAAGAUCAUCAAGUGCUGUUUAGGACUAACUCGAAAUUGACAACUAUUUGGAAUUCAGUGGCCAGAAGCCCAGAAUAGUGCCAGAGAUGUGAGGAUGGAAGUUUAGUAAUAUAUUUAAAGUUGUAGAGCGGUUGCAGUUGUUUAAAAUUUUGAGGUGUUUAACUUAAAACAAGUGGAUAGUUGUUCAAUCUUGUAACUCAAUACUAUUCACUACUUCAUAUUGAAAUGUGGAUGGCUUUUUAUAAAAGGAUAUAUAGCUAUUACUAGUGCUUUGUUUGGAUCUGACAAGAAGUGGGAAGGAAAUAUGUAGGAGACGAGAAUUUGAGUAGAAAGUGAUUUGAUUUUCAAGUUGUUUGGAGAGAGAGAAAAAAAAGAAUGAAGGAGGAAAGGGUAUUUGAUACAUAGAGGUAUUUAUCCAUGUAUGAAAUAUUACUUACAUCCCAUUUGGUUUGAUGUUUAUUUUGGCUUA